GUGAAAUAAACAGAUAUUCAUUUUCGUACAAGAACUCGAUCAACUCGAUAUCGAAAUAUUUGAUUUCGAUAAUAAUCUCGUAUGCGCAUAAACGCGAUUUGAAUUUAACACGCACGUUAUACGUUGUAAAUGGUAAAGAUAAUUUUAGUUAUUAUAUGGAAAUACUAUCAAUUUUUUAAUUUCAACUUUCUUUUGUAUUUUAGAACAGAACAAACUAGAACAACGCCAACAAAUAAAUUAUCGUAUAUUAGACAUGUACGAAACGAUGAAAGGAUAAGUGAAUCUUGUGAUUUUUCUGCAUUUUAUAUUAAAUAUGACUAAUAAUAUUAAUACUUUAUUUGUUUUCACUUAGGUGAUAAAAAGUAAGUAAUUGAAGACAAUGAUUUCUUUAGGUUGGAUCGAUAUAGCCGUGCUCGCGUGAACUAAAAGGAUGAUGUGAUAAAUUGUCAUAUACGCAGGUGUCAACCGGGUCACCAUUAGUUAGGCUGUGACCAGUUACGUUAAUAUUGAUCACCUAGGUAUCAAGUUUGUUGUGACAGUGAUCGUGUAACGUAGUUGAUAAUUUACGGACUCUAUUACAUCGCAAUUGAUCGAAGUCAAUAUAAUUUUGAUUUAAUUAAAGAAUGCAAUUUUCUUAUCUACUACUUUAUGCAACGAUCUUAUUUGCUUCACAAUGCGUAUGUAACGUUAAUGAUGAAAACGAUGACAAUGGAAAUAAAAAUCCCAUACCAUCACAAAUAACGGUCACAUCAUGGAACGACAUGCCGUACUCAGCAAUCGAGAAGCGCAACGGAAAAUGGAUCGGUAAAGGAUACGCAUUUGACAUCUUCAAUUCAAUCUGUUUCAAAUUGAAUAUUACAUACACCAUUAUUCCACCGAAUGAGCAUAUAUUGGGUGACGAGAAAAAUGGUAUUUUGGGUGCGCUAUAUCAAAAAAAAGCAGAUAUAGCCGUUGCAUUUCUUCCGAUAUUACUGGACAUGCGACGAUACUGUGAGUUCAGUACCUCACUGGAUGAAACAAGAAUAACCGCCAUAAUGAAAAGGCCUCAGAUAUCAGCUACUGGUUCAGGUCUUCUUGCACCAUUUGAAGGAACCGUUUGGUUACUAGUUCUAGCAUCUUUACUUUGUAUAGGACCUACUAUUUAUAUUUUUGCUAAAAUCAGCUCCAAGUUGUGGAAUGAUUCAACUUCAAAUCACUUUACUUUAUCCUCCUGCUUCUGGUUUGCUUAUAGCUCCUUCUUGAAGCAAGGAUCAAGCAUUGUUGCUACAACAAAUUCAAUACGAAUAUUGUUUGCUACUUGGUGGAUCUUCAUAUUGAUUUUAACAUCGUUCUACACGGCAAAUCUCACUGCAUUUCUUACAAAACCUCAAUUUACGUUGGCUAUUAGUUCUCUUCACGAUAUUGUUUACAUGGGGUACAACUGGGUUACGUUCAAAGGGAGAGCAAUUGAAUUUCUUCUUUCUCAAGACCAUGAAAAUGACUUGAGUUUAUUAAAUGUGAGCAGACACCGAAGGAAGGGUAUUUUUAAACAGUAUGAUCAAUCAGAGAAUAUUUUAAAUCACGUAGGCCCGAGAAGACUUUUUUUAGCUGAAGCACAUUAUUUGCAAACUGUAUUAUUCCAAAAUUAUAUUAAUAAUACUCGUAGUCAUUUGGACCAUAAUCUCCGUUGCGGCUACGUGAUCAUGCCAGAAGCCAUUUUGAUAACGAAUCGUGCGUUUGCUUUUCCGCAUGGUUCACCUCUGACGAAACAUAUCAAUGCAAUGUUGCUAAGAUUCGUGCAAACCGGUAUUAUUCAACAAAGAAAGGUAAAAAAUCUUCCAUUAGCGGAAAUCUGCCCAGUCGAUCUACGUUCAAACGAUAGAAAAUUGCAAAAUAAUGAUCUUAUUUUAACGUAUAAAGUGGUUAUAGCUGGUUACAUAAUUGCUGCCAUCGUAUUUUUGUUUGAAAUAAUUUAUGCGUUCAUACUGCAUCGAGUGAAAAAUAGUAAAGUGAAACACAAUUCUCAUGUCCGAAGAGAAAAAUCUAAAACCUCUCAAAUUCAAAAAUCUAUGAAUGAUGUCAGUAUGUUAAAAAAGUCCCAGGUGAUGUAUCCAGGUACUGAAAAUCUUAUGCUACAGGCUAAGCAACAAUUUAUCAAUGGAAGACAUUAUUAUGUGAUCACCGAUAAGGAUGGCGAUCGGAGAUUAAUUCCUAUGAGGACUCCAUCCGCUUUUCUAUUUCAAUCUAUAGCUUAAGUGCAUCAAUGUCUAUAUUAUAAAUUGCAUUCGCAAUGAUUAAACAUUUAUUGUAUUCACAAUUAUUAUACAUUAAUAUUUUCUAAUUACGAAUACAACUUUUUUAUUUUUGCGGAAUUUAAUGACAUGUAUAGUCCCUUCAACGGGAAAUCAUUCUCGACUAACUUCAGUAGGUUCGCAUCCUAUACCAUAUAGUACUGUAACUGCGUUUUUCAUUCCGUUGUUCAUAUAUAUGGACAAAGAUAUAAUAAGAAAAAGAACUGCUGAUAUAAUAAAAAUAUACAAAACAAAUCUCUUGUUUUUCUCUCAAUAU